UCAAUCUUGCGCACAGUCUGUGGUAUAAACCAAAGCACAGUCCCGCGAGCGCAGCUGUCAGCGCGCACUAGGUGUGCAUCACCGUGGACCACCGAUCAGUCUUCGCGCGCUCUACUGACCGACACAGAGAUGUUGCAGCGUUCUGCCUGACUUUACUUAUCCGUUUCUCUGCGUUUCGCACUUGAAACAGAGCGCAAGAGUUUCCCUGCAUGCGAGCCGAAAGGAGCGAGCGGGUUAUCAUGAGUUGUCUGGAUGUUAUGUACCCGGCUUAUGGUCAUUACGUACCGUACGCGACCAAAGCUUCAGCGAUCAUCAGCACUUUACCGGCACCCAUUGGUCUGAGAAACCACUCAUCUCGUUGUAGGGAUACGAUGAACAGCAUGGGAUCCCCAUGCUGCUCAGAGAGUGUCCUAAUGUCUGCCAGGAGCUCCAGCUCGGAGGGGCCUUCCCCAUCGCCGUACCCCUCGGCCGGACAGGUGGAGGAGGUUACGAAGAACAAGGAGGUUGGGGAGGCGGAAUACCUGAGCUCGCGAUGCAUCCUCUUCACGUACUACCAAGGGGAUAUUAGCAGCGUUGUGGACGAACAUUUCUCCAGAGCUCUCAGCACCUACAUGGAGGCAGAGGGCAAAAAGAGGCACAGUGAUCCCAGCACAGAUGCUUCGUCCUCGAGCAGUCGCCGCAAUUUCCCUCCAUCAUUCUGGGACAGUAAUUACCCAUCUACACCCAGCCGACCCCACUGUGAUCCCACAGGUGCUCCCACUUAUGGAAUGGACCCAUACACCCAGGCCCUGCACCCAGGUCUGCCUCAUUCACACACUCACCCACACCCAUCAGAGUCCUGGAGCUACUCUCAAAGCCAGCCCUAUGCUCCCCCACGGCCCCUCCAAGAACUCUACUCUCCUCCUGGGCUGGAUCCUCACUACGGCCCCCUGCUGAUGUCCACUGUCCGGCCACCACAUCUCCCGACGCUGCCUGGGCAUUAUGAUGUGGGAAAGCUUGAACCAACUUCAACUUGGCCAGGACUUCUUCCACCUGGGGAAGUGGCACAGAGACUGGCCCUCAACAUGGAACCGGGUCUCCAGCAUCACAAGAAAGGGAAGGAGCUCUACUGGUUUUAAUGAGAAGCCCUUUAUCGACCAUCCAAUUAAAGCCUGAGUAUGGCCCAUUGUAGCCGAACUGUUGUUUCUUUAGCCCCAUGCACACCGGCUCGGCACCAGCUCUGCACAUGCUCUGAACGCGCUCCAAGACUAUUUGUGUGCACCAUGGAGAUAUGAACAUAGGGUGAUGAGAGAAGGCCUGGGGGGAGGCAGGGGUUCUUGAAUGCAUGGUCUCUCUCUUUUGAUCUUUUUUUUUUUCUCUUUUUUAAAUUAAUUUACUGUGGUGUAAACAUUCAGCUUGCCCUGUUUGGACAUUCAAUGGUGCCAUGUACAGAAUGAUUCAUGAUGGGCAUAUGAAAGAUGGAUAGAUUUUAUGUUUGAUUUUUUUAAAUCUGGUGUUGACUGGCAAGCUGUAUAUAUUUUAUUGGUGGGGAGGAUAAUUGAACUAUUAAGGGUGGCAACAACAUGUUUUUAUUGUUUCUUUGGUUUUACAUUUUUUCAUUUAUGUACAGUAUUUGUAUUUAAAUAUAGUAUUUAUGUGUUUCAAUUACAAUACACUUAUGGCCAGUGCUGUUACCGGUAGUUUUUAUGUUAGUUUUUUUGUUGUUGCAAAAUGUACCGUGAUAACAGCUUAAAGAUGAGAGAACUUAAAGUAUUAAUGAAUCCUGUCCAGUUAAAAUAUAUAGUUUCCAAGUUAACGAGCCACUGUAUGGAACUGACAAUAUGAUUUUGUGUUUUCUAUGUUUAGGUCUACUUUGUUGAACUACAGAUAAUGAAGACACUUUCUUUGUUAAGCUUGAAAGUGUUUGUAUUUCCAUAUUAAACAUGUAUUUAAAAAUUAUGUCAUAAUCUUGCUAUAGCCUUAUAUAUGAAAUAUAUAUAUAUAUAUUUCAAUAGAUAUGAAAUGGUAACUGAAAUAAAUUUUCAGGUUACAUUAGUUUUUAUCCAAUCUUUGCAUCAGGUGGAAAUGGUUACUGAUGACCAAAUUGCAGCUUUCAUGUUAAUGACUGUAGAGAAGAAUUAUACAUUAAAGCUUAAAGGGGUCAUGACAUGAGGAAUCACAUUUUCCUUGAUUUUUUUGUGUUUGUGAUAUGUUAAUAUAAAACAUACUUUAUGUUUCAGAACUCAAAACUUCCUCCUCACAACAAAAGAAGCAUUUGUUGAAACCAAGCUGUCAAUAUGAUUCACUCUCAACUUCCUUCACAUUGUGAUGUCACACUGUGGUAGACAUUUACAUCUGACUGCCUGCACAACAACAUAUUAACACCUACUUUACCUUUAAUAACAUCCGUAGCUCACCCAGUAGCGGUGAACAGUGAGAUUGCAAGAAGAGAGCAGGUCAGUCAAGAGCAGAGAGCCAAUCAGGACAGUGGGCAUUUACUGUUUACUGUAACUGAAAGGAGAAGCAGCACCAAAACAGAGUGUUUCUGACAGAGGCUUAGAAUGAGGGUGGAAAAUUAUUAUUUUUUACAAAUAUAUGGCUGUUUUUUGUGCAAAAAAAGUUUACUUAUAUACUUCUAUAAAGCCAUGUCAUGACCCCUUUACACAUCAGUCAAAGACAGGAAGAUCACAGACAGAAAGUCUGAAUUAAUUUGUGUUUGUUGGGGAAUGAUGGACAAAUAUUACAUUAACAUGACACUGCUUUACAUUCAGACUGUUUUUAUGUUCUUCUGGAAGGGAAGAUGUUCCAGGCUGACAAAGUGACUCAUGUCUGGUCAUGAAAUUAUUCAAUGGUGCUCUAAGACUCCCCUACCAAACCUUUAACAUAUGUCAGCCAGCUGGUACAAACUUUUCUGUCUGUUAACACGGCCUAUUUAUGUUCCCAUUUUACCUAAAACACUGAAGUUGAUAAUUAAUAUAUAUGUGCUAUAUAAACACAUGCUUCACAAUAACUUAAAUGUUAAUGAACUUAAAACUAAGUGAAUAGGCCAGAAAAGAACAUGCAGUGAAUUAUUCAGAUUCAUGUCAUAAUUAUGUUAUUGCACUUCUCGGUGAAU